CAGCCUCAUCGCGCGGUGCCUCUGACCAUCACUACUGGCUCUUGCAUGUCCAUGAACCUGUAGUAAGCUCAUAGCUGACAUUUACAGACACGUGUGUUACUUCUGGUGUGUACAUGCGUGUACGGAAAGAAAAAGUGCAACAUGUACUGCAAUAUAAUGCCAGUGCAUAGCCACAUUUACGGGACCCUUGUAGCCAUUGUGGCGUUCUCUGUGGUUCUUAGCAACGCCGAGGCUCCUUCGGAAGCGGGGCACGAAACAACGCAAUGCCCUAAGGAACAACUCGCGCAGUAUCGGGUGAUCUUCAAGACUUUCUGGAGCGAGAAGGACUUUCCGAAACAUUAUCCUCAAUGGCGACCUCAUGCGCAAUGGACUAAACUAGUCGGCGUGACGCACUCCGCACAGCACCAAGUGUUCAGGGAGGGGCAGGUCGCCUCACAGCAGCUCAAGGAGUUCGCAGAGACUGGGCGCUCCGACUCCCUCGACGCUGUUACGUACGCUAGUCAGGGACCGAGCGUGCUGGAUGCUUUCUACGCUCCUGCCAUUCAAGAGGGUGUGGGGGAGACUCGGGCAAAAUUCUUUGCUGAUGGCAACCAUUCGCUGGUGUCGGUGGUGGCGAAGAUUGUGCCAUCGCCCGACUGGUUUGUCGGGGUGGACUCGCUGGACCUGUGCGUCGCUGGCCACUGGUUGAACGCGACUAGUCUUGAGCUGUCGCCGCUGGACGCAGGAACGGAUCAAGGUUUGGCCUUCACAUCACCGUCGUGGCAGCUCACGCCUGCCGACGUCAUCAAGCGCAUCACCAACACGUCGCCCAGCCACCCCGCGUCGUCAUUUGCCUACCCAGAAAAACCUACACUACCUACGAUGGCGUCCGUCAGCAUUGUGAAGAUUCGCGAGUAUCGGCUCGUGAAGCCCACCGCCGUGACGAUCCCACUUCGCGCGAUCGAUGCAACCUCAUCAACCGAAGAGACAACCACCAGCACGACAACCACGUCAACCACUACUGCAGGUCAGACGACCAUGCACGAGAUAGACCACAACUACAUUCCUUCUGGUCUUCACGCAGCCAAUAGUGUUCGGCAACAAGCUCAAAAGCCGCGACAAACUCCUCCACCUCCAAUUCUUCCCACUCCGGUGCGACGCCAUAAGUCUGUUGACGGAGGGACAGUCGGAGCUGAAGUUCGUCAUGUUGUUCAUUCUAUCAGCAACUCCGGGGAAACUUUACCCGAAAUAACAACGAAUCUCUCACACGCACUUCGCUCCCAAGAAGUGCCAUCUCGUGAUCCUCCUUACGUGACGUCUAAUGAGAUUCAUUUCAACUCUGACCGGCCUAAUAACUCUAGCACAACUCAUGCUGGUCCCUCCCUGGAGUUUGGCGUGGCGAAGUUACCAGGAGCUUCACCACUUUUGACAAACGGGGCAAUUUCGCCCGAAAGCCAGCAUUUUGCCGAUGACUCCAAUCUUAUCUCUAACGACGUUGCUGUUCUAACAAAUAAAGUGGACGAGGUCGAGAAUUAUGGCAGAGAUGGAGGGAACAUUGCAACUACAAGAGCUGUUCCGUUAAAUGCUGUUCUUCCUCGGGAACAGUACGACAGGUUGCAGCAAGAGCGCAACAGACAGGCUAUUGAAAACCAUCAGAAACACCAGCAGCUGCUGCAGGAAAAGAGGAGAAAACUCAAGGAAAAGAAUAGGAAGCACAGAGAGAGAAAGUUCGCAGCCACACAUUCUGAUCUUCAAAAUGAGCUCGACGAACCCGAAGAGCCUGGCUUGAAUCAAAAUCGAAUACUCAAGUCGUCAAGCCUGCACAUCAUCCCCAGGGGCGACGCCAUGUCAGUCAUUGAUAGCAUCGUAGAGACGUACCAGCGGGACCAGCGACGCAAGCGUCGCCAGCAGCGGCGGCUGGAACGGCGCAACAGGCGUAAACUUGAGCGACUGAACGGCAUACAGCCUCAUCGAAGCAAGCAGGCGGUGGACUGCAAGGUAGGCGAGUGGUCUGGGUGGUCGGCGUGCAGCAAGACGUGUGGCAUCGGCGAGCAAGUGCGCUCCAGGAACGUCACGCAAGAGCCACGCAGAGGAGGCCUUAAGUGCCCCAGCCUCACAGAGACGACUUGGUGCGGGUCUGCUAGAGACUGUCCUCGAGACUACUUCCGGUGGUGAACAGCUGGUACUUCCGGUGGUGAACUGCUGGUGGUGGUGAACGGCUGGUACGUCUGGUGGUGAACAGCUGGUACAUUCGGUGGUGAACGGCUGGUACUUCCGGUGGUGAACGGCUGAUACUUCCGGUGGUGAACGGCUGGUACUUCUGGUGGUGAACAACAGGUACUUCCGGUAGUGAACAGCUGGUGCUUCCGGUGGUGAAUGGUAGGUACUUCCGGUGGUGAACAACAGGCACUUCCGAUGGUGAAUAUCGGGUACUUCCGGUGGUGAACGGCUGUUACUUCCGGUGGUGAGUAACAGGCACUUCCGGUGAUGGAAUAGCAGGUACUUCCGGUCGUGAACAGCAGUUAUGUUUAAAAACAGCAUAUUCACCACAGGUAAAACUUGGUAGAAACAAUCAAACUUUGGUCUUGCCAUCGCUGAGCGUAAUAUGAGUGAAUUAUUAUUGCUCGGGAUGAAAAAAUUUUGGAAGUGUUACACCUGAAAGAAAUACGGGACUUCGUGAAUGAAUUGGACGGUUAAUUUUUCAAAAUAUUAUUCGAUUUUAAAAUUUGAUCAAUAUUGUUUUUGUGAAAUUCAUAAUAAAAUAUCCUUACCUGGAACAUCGACUAGAAAUGAUGUACUACCAUAUAAUUCUAAUAAUGCAUUGAGAUAAAGUAUAUUGUAUAGAUCAAAUUCUUACAGGCUUAUUUUCAAAACUUAAUUUCAAAACAACGUUCUCAAACAAAACGUGCUAGAACUUGUGAUGAAUGACGUCGGAGAAGCGAAUGAGAAGAAUGUGUUACAGUGGUUUUAUGUUGACGCAUUAUAAGCGAUUUUAUCCUAUUUGUGUUAUACGAAUGGUAAAUGUUACCCGGUGUAUAAGUGAUGUUAUUAGCUCUGCAGCUUUUUCGGUUAUCCGUUUUAAUGUUUACUAAUUGUAGGCAAUUCUUUAUUAUUUAAGAUCAAGCUUAACUUCAGAAGUUUAGGCGACGUUUAGCUGUGCAAUGUGACCACAGAGUCACGGGUUUUUGAUGUAUAAUAUGGGUAUAACCUUAAUUUUAUUCGUUGUAGUUUGAAAACAAAGUAAAUACAAGUUUUCAUUUGAUUUGUUCGCUUAGUUCGCAAAUUUACCAUGAAUUUAAGAAACAAAGAAACUACAGAUAUAACAUCAAGAAAAAAUUGUCUUUGCUCUCCAAUUCUUGGAAAAUUAUAACGUAUAAGGUUGAUGCCUAGAAUAAUCAUCGAUGUACUCAACAGCUGUGUUCGUGUGUUGAAACCGUCUCUGUAUAAUAAAUAGUGCCUCAUCAUAUAUCUUCCGUAGACUCGUAUAUGGUCAAUACAAUAGCGAUGUUUGAACGUAGAAGCAUAUGAAGAAGGAUGCAGCUGUAGAAUAGGACAUGCAUAUCAUUUGUGCUUCCAUUGUUCUAAUCUGAUAGAUGUAAUAAAAUCAAAAGUCCGUAUGUAUUCUGUUUAUUUAAGAAUGAUUGCGUGGUUCAAAAUGAAAAACGGAUAAAAAAAAUAAAUUUAACUCAAAGAUUUUUUUUAUAGCGUUCAAAUCAAAUUUUAGUUGAGACUGUCACACUUUGAAUGAAAACGAAGAGUUAUUUAUUUAAAAAGACUAAUUUACUAGAAUUUCUAAUCGUUGUGGGAGUAAAUGUACCUAUUGCAAACUAAUCCCACAGGCAAAAUAGAAAUUUCCAACACAAUGCACCUAUAAUGAAUUCCAACUCAAGCUAGAAUACUUAAAUCAGACUAAUACAGAUUUCUGAGGAAAUCCUGAUUAUAUAGUGUGGAUAUCCAGAUUACAUAGUGUGGAAAUCCUGAUUACAUAGUGAGGAAAUCCUGAUUACAUAGUGAGGAAAUCCUGAUUACAUAGUGUGGAAAUCCUGAUUACAUAGUGUGGAAAUCCUGAUUACAUAGUGAGAUAUCCUGAUUACAUAGUGAGGAAAUCCUGAUUACAUAGUGAGGAAAUCCUGAUUACAUAGUGAGGAAAUCCUGAUUACAUAGUGAGGAUAUCCUGAUUACACAGUGAGGAAAUCCUGAUUACAUAGUGAAGAUAUCCUGUCACGUAUCAAUUAAUGUUGUCCAGAUUAGCCUGCUAUUUCAUUUUGGCUUUGAAGUUAACAGUUGUUUCAGAAUUUAUUGUCUUACCAGAAACUUGUUUGAUGGUAAUUCUAGAAUCUCGUGGGAGAACAAAAUCAUGUUUAAAUAAUUGUCGAGUUACGGAAUGAAUCCUUCAUAUUCCGGGAUACCAGAUUGAUUAAAGUGCAAUAUUUGUGUUUUGGUAGAUAAAUCACAUGUAGCUAUAAUGGUGUUAAGUGACGAGAUUUAGAAAAGGUAAUUUGUUUAAUAAAUUUUCCUGAAGCACAAGGAAGGA